UAAACACAUAUCUCCAAUGGAAUCUAAGUCCUUCAUGGCCUCGCCACCGUCGGCACGGCGGCGACAGAUGGCUCCACCAUUAAUAUAUCCCAAGCAAGAGCCUCAUGACAUGGCUGAGAAAUCACGGGCACCACCCAUUAUCAAAGUCACACUACCCACCCCAACAACGAGACCGUCAGUAUCACCACCACAGACGAAGGUAGACGGAGGAGGGCGGAGGAUAAGAAUACCGGCAACAUGCGCCGCCAGAGUCUUCCAGCUUACUCGUGAACUCGGUCACAAAACCGACGGCGAAACUAUUCAGUGGCUCUUAGAACGUGCUGAACCGUCCAGCAUCUCCACUGAAAAUAAUGACACUUUAACGAGCAAACGCAAACGUUGUGAUUGUGGUAACGCUAAAUUUAACGACGUUAAACAAAGAAAUAAUCAUCCAAUUACUACAAUUAGGGAAAAUGACGCAAAAUUACCCAACAAUAUGGCUACAAUUUUAGCUCCGGUGAUGUCGAUAGUACCCAGUCAGUCAAUAAUGGCAGUGGGAUCUAUGUUUUCCGUUCCGGCGAGGAUAAACUCACCGUCAACGGUGUGGUUAAUUCAGAAAACACCAUUGAUACCAUCAACAAUGCAAAGUGCAGCUCAGGUGAAUUGUGUCAAUAUAAGGCCAGCAGAUUCUUUCUUGGGUAUUUCAAGUGCGUCACUCAUUCCUGCUUCUGCUCCCAAUAUCUCCUCCUUCUGCUCGUUUGGUCAUUGUUGAUCGCGCUGAAUUCAACAACAAAUAUACCAAUGUAAUUUCGUAAGUGAAAUUCAUUGUUUCUUUAUUGGCCACAGGAAUUUAAUUAUAAAUUCCUAAUGAUCACUUUAAUUUACUGUUUGUAUGACCCUUCUUCCAUAAUAAGUACUCCUAGACGAAAAAUAGUAAUUAUUUCC